CAGAAGCCUCGUGUUCCAGUUAACGCUUCUACCAGCGGCCAGAAAGUUGCCCAGAUAUUGCUCUGUAGAACUCGCAGCGAAAUCGGAGCGCAGACCUGCAAAGCCUGAUUGAUAUCCGAGAGGCGUCCCUUUUCGACCCGUCCUUCCGGUCUUGCAAAACCCGCCAAGCAGAUUACUUGGACGACGGCUGCCAGGAAACAACCGCCGUCAGAAGUUGCACAGCAGGGAGGCGAAGCAUAGGCGGAAGCAGAUCUACCGAAGGCGUCGGCAACGCUGUGCACCGUAGUCUUGGACAUCACUUGCGCGGCAUGAUCUUCAGAGACUCGCCUUCAGCCAGCUGACCGCGGCUUCUGGGGACUAAGGGGGAAGAAACGGGAGGGCGGCCAACACGCACGCCUCUAACUACGUGACCGCAGUGACGAGCAACACGACGGCCGUGCUGGCAGGAGGGGAGGGUCGCGCGGGCCGUGCUGCUGGCUGCGGCGGCGGCCGGCCAUGAAGUUCGUCGAGAUGGAGAAUGGCCAGGCGUGGCAGCAGCUCAUCUCUCGGGGCCACGGCGUCCACGCGGCCGGCGGAGGGGGCGUCGCCGGCGACUCGGACUACGAGACGCCCAGUAACCAGGGUGAGACGAGCACGAGCAGCAGGCGCAUCCUGACCAAGCACCUGUCGCUGAACGGCUUCCCACGAUGUGCCGACUCAGCGGCCAAUGGGGGCAACGGCGCCGAGGACUCGCCCGUUGUCCGCUACCAGAAGGCCAAGAUCAUCCCAAGUCGGGUGCGCAAGAGGGUCAUCUUCAAGAAUGGCAGUGUCAACCUCUCCAAGGAGCACGUCUACAAGCGCUCGCAGCGAUACCUGCAGGACAUCUUUACAACACUGGUGGACAUCCAGUGGAGGUGGAACCUUAUGGUCUUUUCGAUGGGCUUCAUCCUGAGCUGGCUCGUGUUCGCCAUCAUCUGGUGGCUCAUCAUGUUUGCACACGGCGACUUUGACCCACAUGAGGGCGAGUGGACGCCUUGCAUCGUUGAAGUCACCUCAUUCACGUCUGCAUUUCUGUUCUCCCUGGAGACGCAGCACACCAUCGGCUACGGCAGUCGUGCCAUCACGCCCGAGUGCCCGGAGGCCGUGUUCAUCCUCUGCAUGCAGUCCAUCACGGGCGUCAUGAUCCAGUGCUUCAUGGCGGGCAUCGUGUUCGCCAAGUUGUCGCGGCCCAAGAAGCGCUCGCAAACACUGCUCUUCUCGCGCAAUGCCGUCGUGUGCCUGCGUGACGGCAAGCUCUGCCUGCUGUUCCGCGUGGGUGACAUGCGCAAGUCGCACAUCAUCGGCACGUCCAUCUCGGCGCAGAUCAUCCGCAGGAAGGUGACUGCAGAGGGUGAGGUGAUCCCCUACUACCACACCCAGCUGGACGUGCGCUUUGAUGCGGGCACAGACAGCAUCCUGUUUAUCUGGCCUGCCACCAUUGUGCACGAAAUCAACGAGACCAGCCCCUUCUACAACAUGUCUGCCGAGGAUGUGCUGCGCGAGAAGUUUGAGAUUGUGGUCAUCCUCGAGGGAACCAUCGAGUCCACGGGGCAGUCCAUCCAGGCCAGGUCUUCUUACCUGCCGUCCGAGCUCCUAUGGGGACACCGCUUCGAGCAGCUGGUGCGUUUCCAGAAGGAUUCGUCCGAGUACCUCGUAGACUACAGCAAGUUCAACAACACCUAUGAGGUGGAGACGCCUCUGUGCAGCGCGCGUGACUUCUACGAGUACCAGCGGAUGCUGCGCAGCGCACCGCGAAUGGUUACGCUGGGCACGCCUCUCCAGGCAAUGACCAUCGACGACCGCAACCAGUCCGGUUUGACACAGCAGCAGCAGCAACAACAGCAGCAGCAGCACCCUGCUUUCAAGAGGGUAACGCCGGAGAAGUUCCUCAACACCGCUGGGCACCUCAUACCUUUGCAACUGCCCAAGGAGCUUUGAUAUACCUUCUGCAGGCUCCAUGCCGGAGUCUUCCAAGUGAUGACCAACUUUGAAAAGGACAUCUUGCUGCAAGAUGCAACAUGACAGGACAUGCAUAUCACCAGUGGUGGCCUCAAAUUCGGCAGUUGAGUGGAGCAGCUGUGACGGUCCCACACCAACGCUGACCUUCGAAGCCGAACGACGUGCACAUAUCGUCCCUCCGAAAGUGCCUUGACAAGCUGCUGCGAGCCCUUCGCUGGCUCGACGUUGCCAUUAGGCUCUGGCAUACAGCAGCCACGACCGUUUUUUGGUUUCCUUUUUAUUCUUGUGCUCUCCAGUGACAUGGUGAGAACUGAACAAGACGCUGUCACUUCCUCGACACCAGAGACACCCUCCCGCUCUGUUUGCUUGGUGUGUAGUAAGACUGCGUCGAAUCAGUGUUUGGGAAAAAAAGUGCAUUUGUUUAGACGCUAAAGUGGACUCUUCUUUGACGGCCGGUCACAGCCCACCGUUGGGCCACUGUCAGUGACAAGGCACGUGACCGGAUGUCACACUUUCCGACCAAGAAGCACUGUCCGGUGAAAAACGCACAUGGCGCAUGGUGUGGUGCUGCUGCCCACGUCACUGUGUCGUGACGAGGACAUAUCGUGGUGGAGAGAGACAUCACGGAAGAUGUCCCAAGGGAGAUGUCAUCCAGCACGAGAGGAACAGCUUUCGAUGAAAGGCAAUGGAAACACAACCCAUGAACUUCCUUCCAACAAUGGACACACAUGCCGUUGUUCGGACUGUUGUUGUGUGUGUGAAUGAUAAUGCCUUCUUGUGGUGUGUUGCACAUGACCACAAUCCCUCAGUGGACCACCAUCCCUCAGUGGAUUUGCGCGGCGAUGCUGUCGUGUCUGUGGACUGGGGUAGGUUUGUUUUAGGUGAGUCGCGUAGGAAGUUGUCGCUAGUUCUUUAAAUUUUCUUCUAUUUUAACGAGUUCCAAAUGUUUUUCCCUCUACUUAAUUGUGCAAACAAACCUAGGCCGAGGGCCUGGGAAGAAUCUACAGCAUUGAGUGAAGCAGUUGCAUUCUGCUAUUGUGAGGGAUGCAGCUGCCUCAGAAGGGGAUGAUAUUUAAAUAAUGCGACCAUCGCGCAAAUAGAGGGUAGCAUGAUGUCGCACUUGAACCAGACCUUACCCUGAAAUUUCACCAGUGCAUGGUGAAAUUGCACUGGGAUGUGCCACUCGAAUGCACUGGAAGAUCCUUGUGAAUUUAAGCACACAGCACUCGCGUGUAGCCUGAAUUUGCCGUGAGUAGCAUGAAGAACGAAUGAAGACACAACCGUCUGGCCUUCUAAAUGUAGGCGGCAUUUAUCUCGCCAUUGCUGUGUGCUAUACAAUGGAUGCAAUUAAUUGUGCCUGUGCUCCUGCUCUUGAGCAUGUUCCUUAAGCAUCAGCCAAUAAAUUCUUGUCCCCUUCUUUAAUAUAUAAGCAUUGCUCAUGUAAAUACACAACCCGAUCUGGGUGCAUUUUACUAGUAGCUCUUUUUUUCUUUAUUAUUGCUUUUUAUUGCUUAUCUAUAUGCAUGCCUGAGACAAUCACUGUGGGCUGCUGCAGUGGACAAGAGGCAAGUGCCAACAAGGGCAUAGGCCUUUCGAUUAUUUUUUAGAGCGUUCAAUCAAGGUUGAUAAAUGCAUUUAAUUAUGCAAUUUGCACAGGUCAACAUGAACCUUGAUAUCUGUCUUCAGAUGUGUUUAACUGAUAUGUUGAAUUUGAAAAUCCUCCGUGGAAACAAAGCCUGUCAAAACAUUAGUGAAGGCAUUUCAACCUCCUUGCCAUUGAAGGCAAAGUUUUGCAACGCCUGAAAAAGGGCUGUUUUGUUGUGCAUAAGACAUUUAGAAAUAGAAUCGGCACAUCUCAUCAUGACUGGAUGGAAUUGAUUUAGCUACGGAGCUAAAUGUAAGCUUGGGCAAAAUGCAAGUAUCACCAAACGGUUCUAAACAAGCCUGCAUUUUUGCAACACUGCCAUUAGCAUUAUAACUUUUGCAAAGAGCUCCACUCUCUCGCAAUAACGAUAUGCAUCACUGCUCAGACACUAGAAAAUUGCAAUAAGUCGCAAGCAACCAAGCAUCUGUGGGCCUUGUGGAAACAGUGCAGGCCAGCCUCACAAGAUUCUUGGUCCACGACAAAGGCUCACAACACCAAUUACUUUUGUGGCACAUCAUGGCAAGGCAGUGCAAUGGGUGAUCUGUACCUGUUGCACGUAUCGCCCGAGUGUUGGUCCACUGCUGCCACUUUAUUCGCGUAACAUGCCACCUGUUGCACUGCUGGUUCUCUCCAUGUGACAGGGGAGGUAUUUAUAACAAUAUUGAAAAACACAAAUAUUUUGGCAGUAUUGCCUCGGUAUUCUGAAAACAUUCCUCCUCAUGAUGCAUUGCCUGGAGUGGGUAGCUGGGCUAUCCACGCUAGGCUGUGGCUUUUCGUAUUACGCAGUGGUACAAUCCCAGUAGUACUUUAACUGGGCAGUACCGAUGGGCAGUACCAAUGGGCAGUACCGAUGGGCAGUACAACUACAACAGCUGGUGUUGCACGCCUAACACAGUACUGUUAUGAAUACAUGAAGCAAAAUAUAGGGGAGUUCAUAUACCAACAGCAAAAACUGCAAGAGUGCAGUUGAACUAAAGUAACACUAUGGUUAUUUAAAAGUAACACCCUGGGUAUUUUUUAACCUUAAGGUAGACUGUUGCUUCACUUUGCAGGUUAAUGCAGCUAGAAUCAAUAGCCACCAAUAUAUCGCCUCCAUUAUACAAAAAAGGCGUCCUGUCUUCAUGUUCAUGUCUUCCCUGGUUAAUUCUUGUCUGCAUGUACAUAAUAGUAUAACUAAUGUAAUGAAAAGGCUGCGGAAGUUUUCACACAGUUCCUGCUUUGCCUAGUUUGUUAAUCUGGGCAACACUUUACGCGGCCUAGAAUGGGCUCCCAACACACGUAAAAUAAUAGGAAUAGACAAAUUUUAUUAUAUUCACAUAUUUUCUUACGGCUCAAGUCAAAAUGACGGUCCAAGUAAUUUCACUGUGUUCUUUGUAAUACAGUUGAACCUCAUUAUAAUGAAGUCGUAUGUGACAUCAAACUGACUCCGUUAUAUCCAAUACUUGUUAUAAGCAUAUAUUAGUUGCAUGUUGAUAUUGGUAUGAAAAAUUCUACAUUUACUUCGUUAUAUCCAAUCAUUUGUCAUGUACAAGAUUGUUAUAUUGAGGCUCCACUAUCUUUAUGCAUAUCGGCAUUUACGGUAACCAGUGAUAGAAAAAUGUGAAGUUGCCUGUGAUGGAACUUUUGGGUAAGGCAGUAAUUUAGAGGUUUUCUAUGCCACCUAAAGUGUUUAUUUAUAGUGCAGUAUGCUGCAAUAAGUGUGAAGAAAGAGAGUGAAAAUACAGUCCAUUAUAUGCCUCCAAUGUUGGGCUGAGAAAGUGUUUGGAGUUUGCAAUGUAAGCAAUACUUUUGACUUUUGGGACAUAUCAGUUUGCAACAUUUGGCACAUCUCAGUGUGGAUAGGUUUAGAACUCUCUUCCAAUCUUUACACAGUCUUAUCACUGCGCAUAGUCAUUGUGCCUUAAGGAUCAUUUGAAAUUGCAUACGAAUUCUUGAAUGUGGUAUUUUUAGGUAACUUGUGUAAGCCUGUAUGUAAUUCAGUCAUUGAAAUGUGUAUGCAGCAAAGAAAAAUUGUGCACUGCGAUUGAUGUCCUAGUUUGUUAUAGCAUUACGCUCAUUGUCCAAACUUGUGAAUUUGAGGCAGGCUGUAAAUUGCUUCAUUAAGUUCAACACAUUGCUAGAACUAAAAUAUUUGACUGUAUUGUGGCAGUUGCUAAACAUUGAUAAUAGGGGAAUUCAAAAAAAAAAUUAGUUUCUGGUGAAUCGUGAUAUUGCUGCACGGUACCUUUGCUGUUUGGGAACAAGUUGUGUUUACAUGAGUGUUACAUUGCUCUGUAAAACGUUGUGAAAUGUGGUUUUUGUACACGCGGAAUGAAUGGGCAUGUGAAUUGUGACAGGCUGUACUUGUAUCAGCACGGAAGGUAGGGCCAAGAAAAUUCCAAUGUAAUCCCAAUGUUGGCCUCACAUUGGACAACGCUAAUCGCAUAUUGGCCCCAUUUCUACUGCUAUUUUGGACAUGUAUCGAUUUACGUGGAGGUAAAUUAGUCUAACACGUUGCAAAUAAUGCUGUAGACUAGAUAUAAAUUCAGCAUGCCACUCCUUGGCAUGGAUUCUGUGAUGAGGAAGUUUGAAACUUGGAUGUGUUAAGAGAACCUUAUGGAUAGUUCAUCUAGUACUCGUUUGAGAAACAAACAUACAAUGCAUGUGUCAACUGUUUGUCCACUCUUUUGUUCGUUUGUUCAAGGUCGGCGACUGUGCUGUCCAUUUCUUGCUCGUCUGUGCAUUGUCUGCGUUGUGUAACAAGUACUGCAUCAAAGAAAAAUCAAAGCUCUGAAUGUCUGAAUAUUGAGCAGCAGUGACAAUCUAAAGUAUAAUAUGCGCUUGAUGUGUUGGUCGGUGUCUGAUAUAAAAUAGCACAAAAAAAGGCCACUGAUGAGAAAGACAGGACAGGGGCUAAUAAAAAUAUUGCAUUCUUCUCAACGUCUUUAGACCAGCUAUGACCAUAUCUACACUAAGCUUCCCAUACUACUCUCACUUUUCGCGGCACAUAGGCUUGAAAGUGGGUCGAGUUAAACCUGCAGAUGUAAUUUCUCUUUUCAAGUAACCUCCUGCGUCACACGGUUCAUUCAGACUUAUACCUUGGACAUUUAGUGGUGCACUCCAUUGGACGAACCGGAGCAGUUUGGCGACGCCGAGAGCAGUUCGAGCUGCUCCCGCGUGAGAAGCAGGCGUGCUAAGGAACUCGCAUGACACAAACGCGUCGCAUUCUUUUUUUAUUUUGGUUGUGUUUCCUUCGUUGUGGUUCAGUGUGCGGUGGCAAUGGCUGUUGAGAAGCCCAGUUCGUGUGAUAAUCGCCGCGGAUUUGGCUGCAUAGGAUGCUGGGAAUGUGAACGAUCUGGUCAUGGGUGAUACACCUUUGCUCUCGCACCAGUUCUCGGAGCACGUGGAACUUUCCAAUGGGGGAGCAAGCUGUCACAUUCUCGCUGUGCUGCCGCUGCGAUUCUCUCAGCUCUUUGCCUCUCCGCUCCGGUUCUGCCAAUGGAAUGCGCAUAAUAAUGUAAAGUGAUUAGGAGCAUUCUGCAUUUCAGUGCAACCACGUACCCUGUGUGAUGUCAUUCCAUCAAAUGCACUUCGUAGUUUUAUUAAUUGUGUGUGACAGUCGUUUUACAAAAGGAACUUUUGGGGACCAGAAGAAAAAGUGCCCCGACCAAACACUUGGGUCACGAGUGUAUUUCGUUAUGUUAAACGUAGAACUGUGUUGCAGGUGGACGUAUGGGGGGGGGGCAGACAUUUCUGACGAGAGAGCAAGUUGUUCUUGCCCUUUUUUCUAAAUGACAUUCCCCAAGCAACGAACAGAGAGCUAGGUACAAGCAUAAAUGUUGAGUGCAGUCAGUUGAUUUUCCGUGUCAUUCCAUUAUGGAAAAACAGUAUUGAGGGCAUGAGUCAAAUAUAUACAUAUAUAUAUAUAAGUUUAUUACAGUCUUUUUUUUUACAACGAACUGCUGCAGCAGCUUGGGAAGCUAUACAAGUGUCGUUUCUGUAGUCUCUUUAUUAUUAUUAUUAUUUUUAACUGAUGUUUAAAAAAUACCAGUUGCCAAAGUUGUUUCGUUGUUGCAAUGUUUUUAGAAGUUUGUCCCAUUCUGUUUUUUUUUAUGUGUACAUAGAGAUAAUAAAAUACGCCUUUAAUUAUA